AUGGCGAUGGAGAAGUCGAGCUCAAAGUACAGAACACAGUUCUGGUACGUGGCAAUGGCCUCUUUCCUUCUCUGGCUUUUCUUGCUUUACCUUUUCAAUUCUUCCGCAACAACCGUUCAUAACCACGAGAGAUUGUUCCGACAAGAAAACGUCAUCGAUCUCGGUGUCGUGCCACAACACCACGAAUCAUCAGAUCAACUUCCUGUUGCUGUCUCUCGUGUCGAUAACAGCUCUCUUCCUGUCUCCGUCGUUGAUUCGUCUCGGGAGGAUCAGAUGUCAGAAGACGCCAAGGUUGUGACCGAUCUCGUUGAGGAAUUGGAGAAAGAAAAGGUUGAGAAUGAGAAGAAGCGAGGUGAUUCGGUUUUGAGUGGUCGGUCUUCGAGGGCGAGGAAAGGACAUCAACGUGAAUCAUUGCGAAAGGCGAGAUCUUCGGGUAUAUUGGAGGCAGAUAAGAAAAGGGUUGGUCAUAAUGAUAAUGAUAAUGAGAGCAAUGUGGAUAAUAGUAGUGAUGAGAAUCAUCAAUCAUCCAACAAAGAACCAAACUUUUUCGAGUCUAAGAACGAUGUGAAAUCACAUAAAGAGCAAGUUGAUGAUAAUGACGACGAUUCCGAGAGCAAUAGAGGUAAUGAAUUGUCGAAUGAUCGGUCCAAUAAUGAUCUGGAAGUUGAUAACACCUCUGAAAUAGUAUCCGAGUCAAAAACUCAGAGAUAUAAUAAUACUUCUGAGGCCAAAAACAGAUUAAAUUCCAAGAGAAAUCAACCUAGGAGAGUUCGGAAAGUCAUGGUACGGCCAAGAGCAACGCGACGCAACGAUCCUUGUGCAGGAAAAUACGUUUAUAUGCACGAUGUUCCAACUUUGUUUAACGAAGAGCUUCUUAAGAAUUGCUGGACAUUGAGUAGAUGGACCGAUAUGUGCGAGUUAACAUCAAAUUUCGGUUUAGGCCCUCGUCUACCAAACAUGGAGGGAGUUUCUGGUUGGUUUGCCACAAACCAAUUCACAUUGGAAGUGAUAUUUCACAACAGGAUGAAGCAGUACAAGUGUUUGACCAAAGACUCGUCUCUGGCUUCCGCGUUGUAUGUUCCUUACUAUCCGGGUUUAGACUUGAUGCGGUUUCUGUGGGGACCGUUCCCUUUCAUGAGGGAUGCAGCUGCGCUUGAUCUGAUGAAGUGGCUGAGGGAGAGACCGGAGUGGAAGAGAAUGGAUGGUCGAGAUCAUUUCAUGGUUGCUGGUCGUACCACUUGGGACUUUAUGCGUACACCUGAGAAUGAAUCCGAUUGGGGCAACAGGUUAAUGAUCUUACCGGAAAUAAGAAACAUGACAAUGUUACUAAUCGAAUCAAGCCCAUGGAACUACCACGGAUUCGCGGUUCCUUACCCGACCUAUUUCCACCCUUCAAGCAACGCAGAGAUCCUCCAAUGGCAGAACCGAAUGAGAAGAAUCAAACGCCGUUACCUAUUCUCUUUUGUCGGUGCACCGCGCCCGAACCUUGGUGAUAGCAUAAGAAGUGAGAUCAUGGACCAAUGCAAAGCUUCCAGAAGAAAAUGCAAACUUCUAGAAUGUGUUUCAGGUUCUCAAAAAUGCUACAAACCUGACCAGAUCAUGAAGUUCUUCUUGAGCUCAACAUUCUGCCUACAACCGCCGGGUGACUCCUACACGCGACGCUCCACUUUCGACUCGAUCUUAGCCGGUUGCAUACCGGUUUUCUUCCAUCCGGGCUCGGCUUACGCGCAAUACAUUUGGCAUUUACCGAAAGAUAUCGCGAAAUACUCUGUUUUUAUACCGGGGAAGAACGUGAAGGAAGGUAAAGCGAGUAUAGAGAAGGUUUUGAGUAGGAUCCCGAGGGCGAAAGUUGUGGCGAUGAGAGAAGAAGUGAUAAAACUGAUACCGAGGUUGAUGUAUUUUAACCCGUCGGGUAAACGAGGAGACGCGGGAAGGUUUGAAGAUGCGUUUGACGUUGCGGUGGAAGGAGUGUUGCAGAGAGUUGAGGGAUUAAGGAAGAGGAUUGAGGAAGGGGAGGAGGAGAUUUUUGAUUUUCCGGAGCAGUUUUCUUGGAAAUAUAAUGUGUUUGGGAAUGUUGAGAGGCAUGAGUGGGAUUCUUACUUCGAUAGGCUCUGA